UGAUACCUCGUCUAUUGGAUUAUGGAAGGGAUUUUCAGCUUCCUGUUAAGCCGCAGAGCGCCGGACAGCCGCUCUCUGAGAGCUUGUGUGUGCGCUCAAACAUUGCUGUUCUCUCCUGUGAGGUAGAAAGGAAGGGACAAGCCACUUCAACAUGAACCUAUUCUGCUUCGGUCUGGAGGGAUCUACAGACAGCCUGUACGAGGCUCCGCAGCCAAACCCGGAUCCACCGCCAUGGAGCCCCAUGUGGGGCGAUUCGGAGCCCUGCGUCACUCCGGAGCUUCUUCAGUCUCCCAUCAUACAAUGUAAGAUGGAUUUGAAGAAAGCAAAGAGAAAAUCGCGCACAUCAGAGCUAACACGCAUCGGUGACAAAACAGCAUCCAGUAAUGUCUACUGUCCAUGCACUGGGAAGAGAGAUGAUAUAGAUCUAGUUCACCAUCAAACUAAAGAUGUGAGUGAAGAUCCCUACAUGAUUAACCCUUUGGCUCAAGAAGAAAGAAUUGAAAAAAUUGAAAAGGAUUACGAUGUUCAGGUUAUUGAUGAUAAGUCACAUCUCCAGAAGAUCAAGAAGCCGAUAAAGAGCAGUGUCUUGGGGAGCAGAUAUCCUCCAGACAUCAGUGAAGAUGUCACAGUCAUAACCUGCAUAGGACUCUCUAAAAAGCCUGAGAAGAAGUUCAGGAAGGAGUCUAGCCAGCAGUCUGAGCCAGGAAAUGAGAGGGACAUAAAAGAAACAGUAGGUCUGUGGAACCCUGGACAUUUCCACCACCACUGGAGCUCCAUGGACACCUGUUCAUUCUGGGAAUCAUCCUACCACACCUGCCACAGACCCACAGCUGAUCCAUGGCUAUAUAACGUUAACUUCACUCUGCCCAGAGGAACCGAUCGGCACCGGUAUGAAGAACUGAUCAAUGAUUUGGAUCUCCUCAGGAAGGAGUAUCCACCACUGAGGGUCAUCCACUCCUUCACAGACCUGGACAUGACUGACACUGUCAUGGUGAGUCCCUGGUCUUGAUUGUGUCACCUAGUUAUGCUAAUGUAUCUAAUACUGACAUUUCAUGAACAACAUAUUAGGAAAUGGUUCUCAAUUAGUCCCAAGAAAAUAAGAAAGUGAUAAGUUAACCACAUUAAAAAAACACGCUUUAACCCUGCUGCCUGUGUGAAAACAUCAGCAAUAUGAACCUGACUGUCAGACCAGAUGCAAGAAAAGGGCAAAUAUUCAGAUAAAUGAAUGUCACUUUUCUAGCUACUAUAUCUCUUUUGUUUAAUGAAGAUGAUACAAUGAGUAUAUUCAGAUUAAAUGUAAAUGCAAGACAUGCCUUUGAUGCUACCAGUUAAAAUGAUGCAACAAAACAGACAUACGUUCUU